AAAUGACUCUCUUCUUUAAUACCCAAUCAUAUUUAUUUUAAAAAAUAAUAUGAAAAAUUUAUAUAUUAAUAACAAUAAUAAUUAUAAUAAUAAUAAUAACAAUAAUAAUUAUAAUAAUAACAGUAAUAACAAUAGUAAUAAUAUAAAUAAUAAUAUAACAAAUAGUAAUAUAAAUAAAAACAAUACCGAUACCAAUACCAAUAUAAAUAAGAAAACAGAUCCAAAAGAAAAGGUUAUAGAAUACGAUGUCAAUGGGAAUGAAAUUUGCUUUUUAUUUAGGAAAUUUGGUAAAUGUAGAUUCGGUUCAAAAUGUAAAAAAUCACAUAACCUAAAUGGUCCAGUUGGUGAACAUAAUAGCAACAAUCAACAGCAGGUACAAAAGGAAAUAAACAAGAAUAACACAUGUUAUAAAAUUAAAGAAAUUUUCAACUCUUGCGAAGAAGAAUGCAAAAAGACCAUAAUCCCACUAGAAAGAGUAAUGAUAUUAAAUGGAAUGAAAAUAAAUAAUAAAAACAAGAAAUUAAUAUUUCCACCUCCACCAUCAAACAAUAACAACAGUCAUAAUAGUAAUAAUAAUCAAAACAAUAAACCGAUAGAUAAAAUCGAAAUUAAAAGAAUUAAAAAAAAUCAUUUCAAUUUAUAUAAAGUUAUUAAAGAUAAUUUAUCAAAGUUUCCAUUUAUAUACCAAAAACAAAUAAAAACAAAGCAACAACUAAAUAGUAUCAAUUUCUCGAGAUUUAGACCAUUUUUAUUCCUACUUUUAAAAUCAGUUUUAAAAUUAGAUUUUCAAAACAAAUGGUUAAUUACAGUUGGAAAUAGUUUAAUAAGUUUAAUUAAAGAACAGCCGAUAAUAAAUAAAAAUAAAAGAAUCUUUAAUAACCCUAGCAAAGAAAAUAACAGCAAUAUUCCGUAUCCAGUCAUAUUAGAAAGAAAAUUAGUUGAAUGGGGCGUUAAUGAAAUUAACUCAAGAAAAAUUAUGGUUUUAGUUUGGAAGAAUUUAUUAAUGUCACUUGGUACCAAAACUAAAAUAUCUCCACUAAUCAUUAAAUGUGAAAAAGAAGUCAGAAACAACGAUACCGAUUCUUUAGAUUAUGCAAAUAGUUGUGUGGCAAAUGUUAAUUUUACAAAAUUCUCAAAUUCAAACUUAAUAUUACAAAAACAAAAGCAGCAACAACAACCAGUACAGCCAGCACAACCACAAACCAAUCAAAGUAAAGAAAACUGGAAAGAAAUAAAAAGAAGAGAACUAGAAGAGAUUCAAUUAUCUUUAUUUAAUCAAUAAAUAUUGAUCGAUGUUUUUAUUCGGUUUCAUAAAU